AGCAGUGGGAGAUUUCUAGAUCUAGAUCUAUAGCUGGGCGUGGUUCACAGAAUUUCUAAACUCUCGAAGAAAUGUCUUCCUAUCUUCUAUUAGUACUACUGGUGUGCUUCAUGAGUAAUGGAAUAUUACUGGAGGUUAAUGGAGAGUCUUGUACUGAAGGAUUUAUGGAUUAUAGUCUUCUACAGGGUAAAGCAACAACUCCAAUGGGAAAUUUACGUAAUAACAGAUUAUCUAACUAUAAGAACCCUUCGGGUGUAGCAACAAGAUGGAUUAUCAUUAAGGACAACAUAAAAUUCACAUGUGCUACAGUUAUAACAGAAAUUUUGAUUGGAGUUGAUAUAAGGACAGUUAACAAUCUUUUUGGUAGAAAUUUAUAUCCAAGAUUUGAAGUAUGGGCUCCAGCUAAUAACAUGAACAGUGUGUACACUAGAGUAAUGUCUGAUGACAUCAGACUGACUCCUGAUAACUUUACAACUAAUGGACAGUAUCGUUUCACCCUCCCUACUCCAUUAAAUGUCUCCAGUGGAUACAGGAUUGGUGUAUAUCAACCUUCUGAUGACAAAAGUGUUGUUAGAUUCCAUUACAUGAACCUGCGUGGUAUGGUUGAUAAAGAUAGAACUGGAAAAGUACAAUCAAAUUACAUUAACAACAAUAACAUUACAAUAUCAGGAGGAGGUCGACAGGUUGACCGUGAAGAAGUCACUAUAUUAAUAUAUCCAAUAGUACAGAAUACAAGUUGCUUUCCACAAUUUGUACCUGAUGACAUGAUAAAUUCAUUAAGUUAUGCCAUUACUAAUUCAUAUUAUGUUUCUGAUACUAGAAUAUUUCCUGAUAUAAGGUUCACAUGUCAUGGUAUUAUUACUAACUGGAUAGUUAAUAUUCCUGCACAAGUUAUGCCAGUAAUUAAAAUAAGACACUCAAAUAAUCUCACUACUACAGCACUAACAAUAAACAUUAAUGAUGCUGUUAGCAUAUCUCAGUAUUUAUAUAAUUUUACUAUGAGCAAUGAGAUACCAGUACAACCUGGUGACAUACUGAUGAUUGAGAGUAAUCUUCCAAAUUAUAUGUACUAUCAACAAUACAAUGGACCACACAAUUACAGACUGGUGGACAACAAUGAGUUAAUUGCAUUAGAUGACAAUGACUAUCCACUCAUCUCAGUUGUAGUAGAACCUAUAUCAGUAACUACCACUGUUACAUCUUCUAAUUACAUUACAACAUCAACCACAUCCUCAAUAGCUACAUCAGAUACUACUUCACUGUCACUAGUUAUGAGGCCUCCAUAUAGUAGUAGUAUGGCUAUGUAUACUACUACAGUAACUGCUGUUCCUACUAUUACUACUGCUGCUGUUCCUACUGAUUCCAUUACUACUGAUUCCAUUACUACUGCAUCUAUUAGUAUCACUUCCUCACUAAGCACUACAAUAACUUCAACACCAGGACAAGGCAAUGCAGGAAAUGGUGCAUCUAUAAUACUAAUAGCAGCUAUCAGUGCAGUCAUUGUACUACUGGUAGCUACUAUUAUAGUAAUAUUGAUUGUCAGUGUGGUGCUGUUUAGAAAAAAGAGGAAAUUAUCACUACCUGUAUCAUCUACUAGGAAUGAUAGUAAUAGUAGUCAUGUUUAUACUGAUGUUAGUAGUACCGGGAAUGAUAAAGGAAGACUUGGUGCUGUAAACAAUCCAAACUAUCAACUACAAGUUUUAUAUGAUGAAGCAAAGCCUGCAUUGAAUGAGCAUGAUAAUACGAUUGCUAAUGCUAGCUAUGAACCUGCAUUACAUUAUAAGAAAUAUUCGAGUGCUAGUGAUGUGUGGAGUUAUGGAGCUGUAAUGUAUGAGAUUUGGUCUUUAGGACAUAAACCAUUUGAAAACUCUACUAAUCAAGAAUGCAUUAGGCUGGUUGAUUCAGGCUAUAGAUUACCACCUCCUCCAGGAUGUCCUAAACCAAUGUAUAAACUAAUGAUGCAAUGUUGGUAUGUUUAA